AUGCCGCAAAAAGAGAGACCAUGCCGGAAUUGUGCGCUCGCAAAUAAGGCAUACACAUACGCCGUUCGUGACCGAAAGGUGACCGUUCUGGAAAGCUACCUCAGUGAUCUUGAGGGCGUUUUGCUCCGCCUAAGGAUGACAAGGACGCCUGGCUUGGGCGCUGCUAAUACUUCCGAGCAAGGGCCGGGUCUGGAGAUAGCUGUCGACCAGUUUGACCCUAUCAUGGAGGACACUACUGCAGAGGUCUUUGUAUCAAAGCCGAAGCAGAUUCCGAUUUCGAAUUGUUCUGCGAUGCUCGGGGCACAAUUGGAGAGUAACGAUUCGCAACCGGAGUCAAUACGCCCCCCCCAAAUAUGA